UUCAUGGCGGCGUCUCCUGCGCGGCGUUUCCCUGCCGCGUCGCCUAGCAACGGCGAUGGACCGAGAAACGGAAGGCCGCGAGUACUUGGCCCAGCACAAAAUCCCGGAGCUUUUGUAUAGUUUAACCUCGUUGCUGCUCUACCACCGGCCGGAGAGACCGAGAGAAUUUUUGAUAAAGACAUUGGAAAAAGUAAAGCUUGCCAAAUCAACAACUGGCGAUUAUCCCAACCUGAUGGAAGAGUCUAACUUGGAUGCAAUGUUUGAUAUGAUUGAUGUCGGGGGCGAAGGCUACAUAAAUGGAAUACAGUACAAAGGAGCACUUGAAUCUCUGGGAUUGAGUAGCCAGGAUGUACCUUAUGCAGAAAAUGAAAUAAUUACAUCAAAGGUCUUCAAGGAAAAUGUGACGAAAAAAUUUACUGAGCUGUGGACAACAGUUUAAUCCUGAAUAUUCUCACCUGAAAUAUUUUAUAUACACACACAUAUAUACAUAUACUUUGGUUUCCCCAAAAAAAAGGUAGCAAUUUCAUUUCUAUGUAAUAGCCUUCACUUGUACUAAUUGUACUGUCACUGAAGCAGUUCCUGUAUUUCAGAAUCUUCCAAGCUGUCAUCAUACUGAAUUUGCUAAAUAAAUAAUGGGAGUAUAUUAGCCAACA